CGCGUUGGCAAAGGGCCACCAUGUCGAUGUCCUACAGCGAGCUCGGGUCGGCCGUCGCGCCGCGCUACGCAAGCACGACGUCGCUCAAGACGACGCCGUCCAAGACGUCGUUCUCACCGCGGAGUGCGCUCUCGGUCGUCAAGGAGGUCGGCGUCGUGUCGCCUCCGGUCUCGUCUGUGGUCAAGCCGGGUCCGACCAAAACGAUCGCGCCCAUGCAUGCGCCAUACUUGAUGACCGAGUCGCAGCAAGAACUCACCGAGAUUCAGCAGUCGGUCGAGCGCCUCAAGAAGCAGCGGCUUCAGGUCGAGCACAUUCGCCACGAGAACGAGCGGCUCGAGAUCGAGCUCAUGCGGGAGCGCGGCGAGAACCGCGUCUUGCGGCAAGAGAUGGACCGGUUCAAGGUGGUCGAAGCCGACUUGGAAAAACAAACGGGGAAGCUCACGUCGCUCGAGGCCAAGUACGACCGGCUCGAGAGUGCGUACCGAGAAAAGCGCAGUGCGCUCGCCGACGCCCAAGAGAAGCGCGUCGCACUAGAGAAGCGCUGGUCCCAGGCGACCGAUAACCUCCAGCGCAUGGUCGAUGAGACCACCAAGACGUACGAGGCCAAGGUGAUUGCGCUCGAGGACGACGUCAUGGACCGCGAGGCCAAGGUGCAGCAGCAACAAGAAGACAUGGACGAGAUGCGUUGCAUGCACGAGAGUGCGCAAAUGAAGCUCGAGAAGAAGAUCGAACGCCUCGAGAACGCCAACAUGGAGCUCGAAAAGAAGUACUUAGCGCAAAUCGACGGACUCGAAGCCGCGACCGCCAAACUUGAAGCGGAAAAAACCGAGCUGGAUCAAAAAGUUGCAUCCCUUGUGGCGACAACGGCGCGUCAGACGGCGAUGAUCCAAGAGUGCGACCGCGUCAUUUGCGAGUCGGAAGAACGCAUGAACGACUUUAUGAAGCGCAAGAACGCGCAGAUCAAGACGCAAACAGACCUCGAAGCCAAGAACCACGCGCUCGAGCAAAAGCUUAAAGUCCUCGAGAUCGAGACCAAGCACGAACUCGAUGCGCUUCACAACACCAACGAGGUGUUGCAGAAGCAGCUCGACGAGAAGGCCAGCCACAUCGCCGAUCUGGAGAGCUCCAUCGCUGAGAACGAGCGACUGGCGACGAGCAACCAGCGCGAAAUGGUUGUGCGGGAGCGCCACCGCUUCCACUUGGACGAGGCCAACAAGGAGCUGCGCAAGCGCGAAAAAGUGCUGCAGAGCACGAUCGAGGGCUUGGAGGCCAACUUGCGCGACGUUGUGGACGACCGCAAAGGGCUCAUUGAACGCAUCUCGGCGCUUCAAGACCAACUCGAGCUCGAGCGGCAGGACCGCGCGCGCUGGGCGUCGACGCGACUUCGGCUCCUCGCGCAGUUUUGCGAUGAAGAAAACAAGCUCAGCGAGUCGCUUGGCUCGCACCACACGACCAUUCUCUCCGACUUGAGCGACUGAGCCGCAACUUGAGACACACGCAGCUUGCUAAUCGACAUAAUGACGGGCGGCAAUCCCGA